UUUAUUUUUUUUUAUCGGUCGUGGAACGUUUAUUACAUGUGCAGAUACCAAAUAUCCCGACGACGGUCCUUGACUAUCACCCGAAACGCCUUGACCGUCCUCUCGGUGCGGCGACACGGAGUCAAAACGUAUAGGCAUACGUCCGAUCGUUAAAUUCACUAUUUAUUACCGCCAAUAAUAAUAAUAUUUUACACUAUUGUUUGUUAUUAUUUCGGCGAUGGCCGAACUUAAAUCGUCAAAACUAGACGCGGAAAAUGCCAGGAACGAGUACAAUUUGUUUAAAUCAUCAUUAGCUCAAAUCGGUACGAUAAUCGUGCAGAACGUUAUAAUGUUGGGCUUCGGCAUGUCGCUGGCCAUACCGACGGUGGUCAUCGGGUCGCUGAUGUCGGACGAUGGCGUCGACGACGGCGGCGGCACCAUGACUUUGACGGAAACGGAAGCGUCGUGGUACGGCAGCGUGCUAUUGGUGUGCCACCCGACGGGAGGCCUGCUGUCGGGCGUGCUGCAGGAGAUCGUGGGCCGCAAGUGGUGCAUGGCCCUGGUGAGCGUACCGCAGCUGGUCGGCUGGUACGUGCUGUGGCGGGCCGGCAAUGCGUUCGAUCUGUACGUGUCGUGCGUGGCGCUGGGCCUGAGCAUGGGCCUGAGCGAGGCGCCAGUGCUGACGUAUGUGGGCGAGACGGUCGAGCCCAGGCUCCGGGGCCCCCUGUCGUCGGUGUCCACGUUCACCAUCAUGCUCGGUUCGUUCAUCGCUUACCUCAUGUCGACGGUCAUGCCGUGGCGGACGGUGGCCAUGAUCAACAUGGCCGUGCCCGUCGUGUCGUUCGCCGCCGUCGUGCUCCUGACACCUGAAUCGCCGGUAUGGCUGUUGUCCAGGAACAGGCCAGCCGAGGCGAAAAAGUCGUUAGCCUACUUGAGAGGUUGCGUGAGCACGGCCGACGUGGAAGAUGAGUUUUCCGAGCUUUCGAUUUACGCAGGAUUUAACAAAUCCGUCGAUCUCGAGCAGUACGUCGACUGCGGAAUAGACCAACGGCGUCUAUCGUACGUCAAGUACUUGCAGAUCAACACCAACGACACUACGAAUGCCGAAAUCGACAUUCUCGCCAAUCAAAAUCAGACUGGUUUUCUGGACACGCUGAAAAGUUUUUGGACGCCUGAACUCAAUCGGCCGUUUUUUUUCAUUAUGCUCUUCUUUUUCUUCUGGUCGUUCGCCACAUUCAUACCGGCUAAACCGUACCUGAUAGCCGUGUUCAGCGAAAUCGGUUUGCCGUGCACUGCUCAGUGGACACUGGUCUAUACUUCUAUAUUGACUCUAGUAGGAACUCUUUUGAACGUGUUGACCGUUGCCAAGCUCGGAAAACGUCCUAUCACAUUGGUUUCGAUGGCUCUCUGUGCUUUUUCGAUGCUUGGAAUUGGAAUAUAUAUGGUUUCUACUACUUAUUUCUCGUUUUCGUCAACGUGGAUACCGAUGAUAUUAUUAAACGCCUUGUUCUUCUUCUCCGGUUACGGUGUGUUUCCUAUUCCAUGGAUGUUGGUCAGUGAAAUAUAUCCUACAAAAGGACGCGGCAUCGCAAGUGGACUAACUGCCGCGUUGGCGUUUUUGAUGACAUUCAUUUUAACAAAAUCAUUUUUGGAAAUGCAAGAGUGGUUCACACUCCCUGGGCUGUUCAUCGUCUACGGAUCGAUUACAUUAAUCGGAACUCUCUACUUGUAUGCGUGCAUGCCCGAGACCGAAAACAAAACGCUGCAAGAUAUCGAACACUUUUUCAUUGGUGACUUGGACGACUACGAGGACUGCAAUAAUCUAAGCUGAUUAAUCGGAAACGAACUACAGCGUUAUAAUAUUCCUAAUUUGUUCUUCACAAAAAUCAACAUUGUUCACUAUAAUUUAUAGUAUCUAUUAUAUUUAUAUUUAUGUAUUUAUUAUUUAUUGUUAAUUUGAAUACCAUUACAUUAUUAUAUAUUACUAAUAUACACAUUA